UGUAGUUUGGUGUGAAAAGCGUGUAGCUAAACAAGACGUUAGUUGACAUUAUUUAUAAUUUUUACUGCUGCGAAGAAGCUAUUUGUUUGAAGAACUAUCAGAUAUUAGUAUAGUUUUAUCUGCGAGUUUAUAAAGUAGUUUAGUUUCUAAUUUUUCAUUUUAGAGACGAAAUAAACGGAGAAUGAGUGAGCUGAGUCAGGAAGAGAUACGGCGGCGGCGUCUGGCCAGGCUGGAGGCCCUGGACACCGCGGCGGCGGCGGCCGUGGAGCCAGCGGCCGGCCUGCCCUCUCCCGGGGCAGUGCCCCAGACGCCCCCCACGCCGGGCCCCUCCCACGCUCCGGGCAACCCGGGCCCGUCCGCCGCCCCCGGGCGCAGCGACUACAGUCACUCUGAAGGCUUGCCGCCGCCGCUACUCGGGGCGCGCAAGAGCGACUCCCAGAGCACGGACUCCUCGCAGAUGGAGGUGGACGAGAAGAGCGUGUCGCAGCUCGAUGUCGACUCGGGCAUCGAGAACAUGGAGGUCGAGGAGAGCGACCGCAAGGAGCGACACCGAGCGUCCAGCUCGUGCGCGGAGGGGCUGGAGGAGCAGGUGAACGCCACCGUCUCCCGUGUCCUGGGCGUGUCCUGGAAGGAGCCGGUGGACGGCACGGUGUUCCUGCCCGACACGGCGUCCGCCGUGGGGGAGACGCUGCAGGAGGCCGCUGGCCCGUGCUACCAGGACCUGAUCGGCCAGGCGCUGAUGGAGGUGAUGUGCAAGUUCUACCGCGGGGAGGACCCCUCGCUGGACAUCGCCCCGGUGGCCGUGUGCACGCCGGCCGCCCUCGACAGUCCCGGGGCCGGCUGCUCCAGCCCCGUGCCGGCCAGCCCGCUGCCGUCCCCGGGGCCCGGGGCGGAGACCCCGGCCGGCGCCGCGCUCCGGCUCGACACGCACGCCAAGUGCCUCGCGUACCUGCUCAACUGCUACGCCCGCGUCGCCACGGAGGAGCGCAACCAGCCCAAGAAGAGCAGUGUGCCGCCGCUGAGCGAGGCGCUGGCAGAGGUGCGUGCCCAGUGCGUGCAGAGCGCCUGCCUGGUGUCCCUGGGCGUGCUGGGGGGCGAGCCCCCUCGCCAGUCGCCCCUGCUGCCCCUGGUGCUGUCCCAGGCGCUGCCGCGCGGCUUCCUGCCCGAGCUCGUCGCCCGCAACCACGGCAACGCGGAGCUGUUCGGCCAGGUGUUCGGCAAGCUGCUGCAGGACCUGUACGCGACGAUGCUGUCCUGCUCCGUGGUGGGCAACUCCCACCGCCAGCCCAUCCAGGCCCUCGGGGACCUGGUGGAAAUCCGCUGCGGGCCGUCGGGCAACCUGCGCCCCGUGUGUGUGCUGCUCACCAAGCAGGCAAACUUCGCGCCCGGGACGGUGACUCCGGCGGCCGGCCGAGAGCUGACCAGGACGUCCUUCCUCGGCCCGUUCCUGUCGGUGUCUGUGUUCGCCGAGGAUGAGCCCAGGGUCGCCGAGAAGUUCUUCUCGGGCAACACGAGUGCGGACAAGUCCCUCAGCCGCACGCUGCGCCAGGAGCUGGAGAACACGCGCUGCCUGCUGCACAAGGUGUUCCACGACGUGCUGGUGAACGGCGCGAGCCGCGAAGCUGCACUAGAGUACCUGGCGCUGCUGCUCAGCCGGAACGAGAAGCGCGCCCAGAUGCACGUGGAGGAGCGAGCGCUGGCCGGGGACGGCUUCAUGCUCAACGUGCUGUCCGUGAUGCAGCUCCUCGCCGUCAAGAUCAAGCUGGACAAGGUGGACGUGUACUACCCGUUCCACCCCGGCAGCCUGGUGGACGUGAAGGACGAGACGCGGCUGAGGUUCGCGUCUCACGAGGUGUCUGCCUGGCUGGAGGAUCUCAACCACUCGCUGACGCACAAGUGGCGGGAGCCCAAGUUCCCGACGCAGUGCUGGUUCCUAACGCUGCACUGCCACCACCUGGCGCUGCUGCCCGCCUGUCUCAAGUACCAGCGCCGUCUGCGGGCGCUGCGUGACCUCCACAAGCUGGUGGAGGAGAUGCAGGCCACGGAGGCGCAGUGGAAGGACUCGCCCUACGCCGGCCGCAACAAGGACCUGGUGAAGCGCUGGAGGCAGCAGAUCAAGAAGCUGAACCGCAGCAAGGCGUGCGCCGACGCCGGCCUGCUGGACGAGGCGUUGCUGCAGCGCUCGCUGGUGUUCUACACCUCCGUCGCCGAGUUCCUGCUGAGCAUCGUGGCCCCCGGAGGCGCCGCCCCCGGCCUGCCCCUGCCCCCGGAGCCCCCGCACGUCUUCUCCGCCCUGCCGGAGUGGUACGUCGAGGACAUCGCCGAGUUCCUGCUCUUCGUGCUGCAGUUCAUGCCGAGCGUGGUGGUGGACCAGAUGGAGGACAGCCUGAUCACGUGGCUGCUGGUCGCGGUGUGCUCGCCGCACUUCAUCAAGAACCCCUACCUGGUGGCCAAGAUCAUCGAGGUGUUGUUCGUGAUCAACCCCGGCGUGCAGGCGCGCACGGACGCGCUGCACACGCGCGUCAUGGCGCACCCCAUCUCGGAGCAGCACCUCCCGUCCUGCCUCAUGAAGUUCUACACCGACGUGGAGACCACGGGGUCCAGCUCCGAGUUCUACGACAAGUUCACCAUCCGCUACCACAUCAGCCUGAUCCUGAAGGGCAUGUGGGCCAACCCGGUGCACCGGCAGGCCAUCGUGAACGAGUCUCGCUCGGGCAACCAGUUUGUCAAGUUCGUGAACAUGCUGAUGAACGACACCACCUUCUUGCUGGACGAGAGCUUGGAGAGCCUGAAGAGGAUCCACGAGGUGCAGGAGCUGAUGGCAGACACGGAGGCCUGGGCCCAGCUGCCCAGCGACCAGCAGCAGAUCAAGCAGCGCCAGUUGUCCGCUGACGAGCGCCAGUGCAGGUCGUACCUGACGCUGGCCAAGGAGACGGUCGACAUGUUCCACUACCUCACGGUCGACAUCCGGGAGCCGUUCCUGCGGCCGGAGCUGGUGGACCGCCUGGCCGCCAUGCUCAACUUCAACCUGCAGCAGCUGUGCGGCCCCAAGUGCAAGAACCUGAAGGUGCGCAACCCGGAGAAGUACGGCUGGGAGCCGCGUCGCCUGCUCAGCCAGCUCGCCGACAUCUACCUGCACUUGGACUGCGACGAGUUCGCGGCCGCUCUCGCCGGCGACGAGCGCUCGUUCAAGAAGGAACUUUUCGACGACGCUGCAAAUCGAAUGGAACGGGCGAUGAUCAAGACGAACACGGAGAUAGACCAGUUCCGCAGCCUGGCGGAGAAGACGAACGAGAUCGCGAUCCAGAACAUCAAGAGGGAGGUGGACUACAGCGACGCGCCGGACGAGUUCCGAGACCCGCUCAUGGACACGCUGAUGGAGGACCCCGUGACGCUGCCCUCCGGCAAGGUGAUGGAUCGCCCCGUGAUCAUGCGACACCUGCUCAACUCGUCCACCGACCCGUUCAGCCGCCAGCCGCUCUCGGAGGACAUGCUGCAGCCCGCCGAGGAGUUGAAGCAGCGCAUCCUGGCGUGGCGGCGCAAGAAGCAGAAGGCAGCAGUAGCCGGCCCGUCCUCCGCAUGAGGCCCCGCCUUCGCGUCUGCCGAGCGUGUGUCGGCGGUUUCGUGUGUGCUGCUCCGAAACAUUCAACACGCCGGCUAUCCCGGUACAGACUGAAGACGGGUGAAAUUUUUGUAGCUCGCCGGCUGGUGCAGGACUAGCGUCGCCAGUAGCGUCGACUGGGGUCGUGGUGUCGCGAGGAGCGUGCGUCCGACAGUCGAACGAUCCCUGCGGUCGAGCUGCGGCAAGCACGCCACGCGAGUUCUUGGACGGAAGUUGAACACUCGUUGAAGUGUGCAUCACAAACAGUUGCUGGAGCGAUGGAAGCCGAGUUGAAUUGUGUGUUGAGACAAUUUUAACGUUCCAGUUUUUUAUGUUACAUUUGUAUUUGAAUUUGUUUAGCAUCGUCGUGAUCUGCGUAUUUCAGCCAGUUUUUUUGGUUUUGUGGAAGUGCGGACGCGAGUGGUCGGUAGCAGGCUUACUCAACUGCCUAACGUGAUGUUUUCCUUCGACCUGAGUGCACUCUUGUGUUCAUUAAUAUGUACGCCCUAGAAUUUUCAUAAAAACUGUUUAUAAAAGCA